ACACAGACAAGCACACACAAUUACACACAAUAAUACACAGGCACCAUGCAGGAGUCGGAGCCUACAGUGUGCCAGCUCCAGCCCAACAUCAUCUCAGUGCGCCUUUUUAAGAGGAAGGUUGGCGGUCUGGGCUUCCUGGUGAAGCAAAGAGUUUCCAAGCCACCUGUCAUUGUGUCAGACCUCAUCCGUGGUGGAGCAGCUGAGGAGUGUGGCCUGGUGCAAGUGGGCGACAUUGUGCUGGCAGUCAACAACAAGCCCCUGGUGGAUCUGUCAUACGAACGGGCCCUGGAGACACUGAAGAAUGUGAUGCCUGAGAGCCAUGCCGUGCUGAUUCUCCGUGGGCCUGAGGGAUUCACCACACACCUGGAGACCACGCUGUCUGGAGAUGGGCGCCAGCGUACAGUGAGGGUCACACGCCCUGUGUUACCAUCAUCAAAGUCCUACGAGCAGUGGUCCCCUCUCAACGCAUUGAGCCCUGGGCAACAGCAACAGGUCAACAAGGAUAACCAGCUAAGAGCCAUUGAGAACCUCUCCUCUCCAUCCAUCACCCAGUCCCUCCUACAGAGGGGAGGCAUGCAAGGCCAGGACCCCCUGCUGAUGAGGGAUGGGGGCCGUGGAGCUCUCCUGUGCAAUGGGCUGGAGGAAAACAAUGAACUGCUGAAGGAGAUUGAACCAGUGCUGCGCCUCAUCAAAAACAGCAAAAAGGAGAUCAAUGGAGAAGGCCAGAGGAAUGCUGGGAGAAGAGAUGCCGAGAUUCAAGUGGCCUGGGACCUUGGCGUGGGAAAUGGCACAUCCCCACAGCUGGUGCCAGAUAAUGACAGAAUGCUGGAAAACAUGCCGGUGGUGCUUAACAAUGCUGACACUGACAAGCCUCCAGCUGAGGGCAGGACCUCACCCAUUAAGUCACUGCAGAAUGGCAGCCCUUCCAAAUGCCCCCGCUUUAUAAAGAUUAAGAACUGGGAGACUGGCACCAUCUACAGUGACACACUCCACCACAGCUCCAGCAAGAUGCCAAUCUGUUCCGAAAAUGUGUGCAUGGGCUCUGUGGUGGUGCCCAACCAGCACAUCCGCAAACCAGAUGAAGUCAGAACUAAAGAAGAGCUUCUUCCACUGGCCACCGACUUCAUAGACCAGUACUAUACCUCUAUCAAAAGGUAUGGAUCUAAAGCCCAUGUGGACAGGCUGGAAGAGGUGACAAAGGAGAUAGAAGCUUCAGGAACUUAUCAACUGAAAGAUACUGAACUGAUUUAUGGAGCCAAGCAUGCCUGGAGAAAUGCUGCCAGAUGUGUGGGAAGGAUUCAGUGGUCCAAACUACAGGUUUUUGAUGCCAGAGACUGCACAACAGCCCAUGGAAUGUACAACUACAUUUGUAACCACAUUAAGUACGCCACCAACAAAGGGAAUCUGAGGUCAGCUAUCACCAUAUUUCCUCAGAGGACAGAUGGCAAACAUGAUUUUCGAGUGUGGAACAGUCAGCUGAUUCGCUAUGCUGGCUACAAACAGCCUGAUGGACGGAUCCUGGGAGAUCCUGCUAAUGUUGAAUUCACAGAGAUUUGCAUGCAGCUUGGAUGGAAAGCUCCAAAGGGUCGUUUUGAUGUUCUGCCCCUUCUGCUGCAAGCCAAUGGAAAUGACCCUGAGCUGUUUGAGAUCCCUGAAGACCUCAUUCUUGAGGUGCCAAUCACACAUCCAAAGUAUGAGUGGUUUAAAGAUCUGGGUCUGAAGUGGUACGGCCUCCCGGCGGUUUCCAACAUGCUGCUGGAAAUUGGCGGUCUGGAGUUCACUGGCUGCCCCUUCAGUGGCUGGUACAUGGGCACAGAGAUUGGUGUGAGAGACUUCUGUGACAGCUCACGCUACAACAUUCUGGAGGAGGUGGCAAACAAAAUGGCCUUAGACACCAGAAAGACAUCCUCCCUUUGGAAAGAUCAGGCACUCGUGGAGAUCAAUAUUGCUGUCCUUCACAGCUACCAGACAUGCAAAGUGACCAUAGUAGACCAUCAUUCAGCCACAGAGUCCUUCAUGAAGCACAUGGAGAAUGAGUUUCGGGUGCGAGGCGGCUGUCCUGGGGACUGGGUGUGGAUUGUGCCUCCAAUGUCAGGAAGCAUCACGCCAGUUUUCCAUCAAGAAAUGCUUAACUACCGCCUCAGCCCUUCUUUUGAGUACCAGCCCGAUCCAUGGAAUACCCACGUGUGGAAAGGGGUCAAUGGGACACCCACAAAGAAAAGAGCCAUUGGAUUUAAGAAGCUUGCCAAGGCUGUGAAGUUUUCAGCGAAACUCAUGGGCCAAGCUAUGGCCAAGAGGGUUAAAGCCACUAUACUGUUUGCUACAGAGACGGGCAAGUCGCAAGAUUAUGCCAAAACGCUCUGUGAAAUCUUCAAGCACGCCUUUGACGCAAAGGUUAUGUCUAUGGAUGAUUAUGAUGUUGUGGACCUGGAGCAUGAAACACUGGUUUUAGUGGUGACCAGCACAUUUGGGAAUGGUGACCCACCUGAGAAUGGAGAGAAAUUUGGAGCUGCCUUAAUGGAAAUGUGCCACCCAACAACAAACACAGAAGAUAGGAAGAGCUACAAGGUCCGUUUUAACAGUGUUUCCUCUUACUCUGACACUCGGAAGUCAUCCAGCGAUGAACCAGAAACCAAAAUUAACUUUGAGAGCACCGGACCGCUUGCUAAUGUCAGGUUCUCAGUGUUUGGCCUUGGCUCCAGGGCCUACCCACACUUCUGCGCCUUUGCCCACGCUGUGGACACACUGUUUGAAGAGCUGGGGGGUGAGCGCAUCCUACGCAUGGGAGAGGGAGAUGAGCUGUGUGGCCAGGAGGAGUCAUUCAGAACAUGGGCCAAGAAAGUUUUUAAGGCUGCCUGCGAUGUAUUCUGUGUUGGUGACGACGUGAACAUUGAGAAAGCCAAUGACUCCUUAAUCAGCAAUGAUCGCAGCUGGAAGAAGAGCAAGUUCCGCUUGACAUACACGGCCGAGGCCCCAGCCCUCACAGAAGCAUUAUACAGCAUUCACAAGAAGAAAGUUUAUGGAGCAAAGAUGCUUGAAUCUCAAAAUUUACAAAGUCCAAAAUCAAAUCGCUCCACCAUAUUUGUGCGGUUACACACAAACAACCACGACAGCCUGCGCUACAAGCCUGGCGACCAUCUGGGCAUCUUCCCUGGCAACCAUGAGGACCUGGUAACAGCUCUCAUAGAAAAACUGGAGGAUGCUCCACCUGUCAAUCAAAUUGUCAAAGUGGAGUUCUUGGAGGAGAGAAACACUGCCCUAGGUGUAAUCAGUAACUGGACAAAUGAGACCCGUAUCCCUCCCUGCACCAUCUACCAGGCUUUCCAGUACUUCCUGGAUAUCACCACUCCACCGAGCCCUGUGCUGCUCCAGCAGUUUGCUGCUCUAGCAACCAAUGACAAACAAAAAAAGAAACUAGAGAUCCUCAGUAAGGGCUUGCAGGAGUAUGAGGAGUGGAAGUGGUACAACAAUCCCACACUGGUGGAGGUGCUAGAAGAGUUUCCUUCUAUCCAGAUGCCCUCCACUUUGCUGCUGACCCAGCUGCCUCUUCUGCAGCCUCGCUACUAUUCUAUCAGCUCCUCUCCAGACCUGCACCCAGGGGAGAUCCAUCUCACAGUGGCUGUGGUCUCCUAUCGCACCAGAGAUGGAGAGGGACCAAUCCAUCAUGGAGUGUGUUCAUCGUGGCUCAACAGGAUAGAGAAGGGGGAGAUGGUGCCGUGCUUUGUCCGGGGUGCACCAUCAUUCCAGCUUCCCAAGGACAACCAAGCACCUUGCAUCCUUGUGGGUCCAGGAACAGGGAUUGCCCCAUUCAGAAGCUUCUGGCAACAAAGACUAUAUGACCUUGAACAAAACGGGAUGAAAUCCUGCCCAAUGAUACUGGUGUUUGGUUGUCGGCAGUCUGAGAUGGACCACAUCUACAAGGAGGAGACCAUACAGGCCAAGAAUAAAGGGGUGUUUAAGGAGCUCUACACAGCCUAUUCCAGAGAGCCUGGCAAACCAAAGAAAUAUGUACAGGAUGUACUGCGCGAGCAUCUGUCAGAGAUGGUGUACCAGUGCCUGAGGCAGGAGGGCGGACACAUCUAUGUGUGUGGGGAUGUGACAAUGGCAGGAGAUGUUCUCAAGACUGUCCAGCAAAUCAUCAAGCAGCAGGGCAACAUGAGCCUGGAGGAUGCUGGCUUCUUCAUCAGUAAGCUUCGGGAUGAGAAUCGCUAUCAUGAAGACAUCUUUGGUGUCACCCUGCGCACCUACGAGGUCACCAACCGAAUUCGUUCAGAGUCCAUAGCCUACAUUGAGGAGAGCAAAAAGGACUCAGAUGAGGUUUUCUGCUCGUAGGUCGAUGAAUCGACAGGCUUUCUGAAAACAACAAGACACAGCACCGCUGGUUUACUAAUACUGUGCCAAUUUUUGUACUGUAAAAAAUGGGUUUGUUUCUGUUCUUUUUUUUUUAUAUACCAUUUUAAUGUUUCUGUUGGGCUCUGCGAUCUUGUCUGUAGCAAGUUGGAAAUGUUCUGUUCUUUGAGAAUCUGUUUUGCUUGUUGAUGAUACUUCCAAAAACGAUCUAGUGUAAUGACCUGCCUCAUUGUGAAUGCAUGACCAAGACAAGAAUAUAUUCAAGAAAUAUAAUAUACUCUGUGUUAUUGUUACUGUUAAAAGGCUUUUAUUGAGGUUUUAUAUUUGCAAGGAAAUGUGUGGCAUAGAUAGUAAACUUUCAUUUCUGUGUGGAUUAAGUCAACUUUACUUGUUGGGAAAGUAUAAGGACUGCUCAGAUAUAUUUGGACUGUUUUUCAUUAUCAAUAUCAAUCUCCUUGACUAAGAAAAAGAAAAGAUGUAUAGGCAUGCAGACAGAGAAACUGAAGGACACGUGCUGCGGACAAAUUUAACGUAUUGACAGGUAUCCCUGAAUAAUGAAAACAUAAAUUCUGCCACUGCCUCCAUAAACAGAUUACCUUGCUCUUCAUUGGCAAUUCUUCAAAAUGCAUCGGCCUCUGUGUGAGUGCCAUUUUUCUUAGUGUGCUCAUUCUGCCAUAACAUCAUAAUCUUUUGGGUCCCAGGUGGUGUUUGCUGAAACUGCAGCAGUAAUGUGCAGUGCAGCCGCUAAAGACCAAACGUGAGUCUAUAUAUCUGAAAAAUAAACUAUGAUAAACUAUUAACAAAAAUAUAGGUCUUGAGGGCUUUUUAAUUUAAUAUCUAAAUCAUACUAUGUUCAGUCUGGUAUAACGUGUUAUAAUGUGUUAAAUUAUAAAUGUCGUGGAGGAUUUUUUUAUUUUAUCAGCUGUUUGGAAUAAGCUAUAGAGUAAAUGAUUAAUCGGUGAGUAAAUGAAUAAAUGGUAAAUGGCCUGUAUUUGCAUAGCGCCUUACUAGUCCCUAAGGACCCCAAAGCGCUUUACACAUCCAGUCAUUCA